GCGGCCAGUCGCAGUGCGCACGCGCAGUGGUUCCGGGCCCAGGCGACAGUCGCACGCUGGCGACGGACAGGCCCAGCCCCAGCGCCAGCGCUAGAGCCAGUUGGAGAUUCAGAUCAACGCCGCGCUGACAUGGAGGCCAUCGCCAAGUACGACUUCAAGGCCACGGCCGACGAUGAGCUGAGCUUUAAACGAGAGGAUGUCCUGAAGGUUUUAAAUGAGGAGUGUGACCAGAACUGGUACAAGGCUGAGCUGAAUGGAAAAGAUGGCUUCAUCCCCAAGAACUACAUUGAAAUGAAACCGCACCCGUGGUUUUUUGGGAAAAUCUCCAGAGCAAAGGCAGAGGAGCUUCUCAGCAAGCAGAGGCACGAUGGGGCUUUCCUCAUACGGGAAAGUGAAAGUGCCCCUGGAGACUUCUCUCUCUCGGUUAAGUUUGGGAAUGAUGUGCAGCAUUUUAAAGUACUACGCGAUGGUGCCGGGAAGUACUUCCUGUGGGUAGUGAAGUUUAACUCUCUGAAUGAACUUGUGGACUAUCACAGAUCUACAUCUGUGUCACGGAACCAACAGAUUUUCCUGCGUGACAUUGAGCAGGUUCCACAGCAACCGACAUACGUGCAGGCACUCUUCGAUUUUGACCCUCAGGAGGAAGGUGAACUUGGAUUUCGUCGCGGUGACUUCAUCCAGGUUCUUGACAACUCUGACCCCAACUGGUGGAAGGGCAGUUGCCACGGGCAGUCGGGAAUGUUCCCUCGUAAUUAUGUUACCCCAGUCAACAGAAACAUCUGAUGGACAGCAGUGCUGAUAGCUGAGAGCAGUCGCAGCUCCUCCGUGAACUCCGCAGUCUGUACGGAACUUCAAACUAGAGCCAAAAUCAAUUCUGUGGGAGGGGGAACAGAAACUCAGAGUGGUUUCACCCCUCAGUUUCUGCAGCUGCUUCUCCCGCCCACCGAACCCCCUCCCUCUCUCCUCUCUCUCCUUUAUCAGUCACUGCAUGGGUUAUAAAUUCCAUUACUCUAAUCCUGUUGUAGAAUUUCAAUGUUUUUUUUCUCUAUGCAAAUAUUGAAUAAUCUUAUCAGAGAUGUAACACAGACCAGAGGUUCAUAACAAUCCUCACCUUCGGUCUUUUUAAAAGGAAAAAAGAAUAAUUCCUGGCCUUGUGUGUUCCAGACACACAAUUCCUGCUUUAUUUUCUCCUCUUGUUUUUGUACAAAUUAUGUUAAUUUAGCUUGUCCUUUGAAAUAAACCUAAAGUUUCCUUCAGCAGCUAGCAGCUUUAGGAGUCAUGUAUAAAUUGUCAAGAUGACUUAUAAUUUUAAGAAAUGACUUUGAGGGCUUUUAUCGGCAGCAUGUUCUAGGAGCUUUUACAGGAGGUUGGGCUUCUCAUGGUCUUAAAGGUGUGUGGCUGUGCACUUUCUGAAUUCUAUCAUAGUGCCUUUGAUUUUGUUUUUUUUUGUUUAAUGUAUCAACACAGACUCUGGCUGAUAACUUAUCUUACCUUGAGCUGCAAACAGUGGCUAGUUUAGAGAUUAUGCUGAGGGGUCACUGGUCUUCUAUCCCAGGCAUGGGUGGUGGAUUUGAAUAUGAGAUUAUACGAGAAUCGCGAGUUUUUUUGUGUGUGUUCUCAUUCACUGCAAAGCACCCUCCUGUCCCCUACACCUUUCACUGCAAGUUGGGGCUCUGAUCGAGUGACGCAGCAUCUCCUGUCGAUAAACUGUGUUGUAUUUAUCAAUUAUGGAUGUGCUAAUGUUUCAGACCCUUGGUACCACUGGAAGGGAUUCUAUAACUGCACAUUGAAGGUGGCAGGUCAGGCCACAAUGGGGAUGAUUCCUCAGCUUCCUGUGGUCACAUUUGCUCUACUGAGACAUUGGGUCAAAUAUUUAUUUCUUCACAUCAGUCGCAUUCCAAAUUGUUUUUACAACAUUUGACCUGGCUCAUUCCUCCAGCCAGGUUUGUAUUAAUAUAAAACAGCAGUGAUUCUGUUGUGUUACUGAAGAGAGAGCACAGUUUCUUCCCACACACCCUGGACAAUAGGAGUUUGAUUUUUAUUUUGAAUGGAACACAUUUUAUGGCGACAUAACUGAGAAAUGCUAAUUCUUUUGAACUUUUUCAAAGCUGUCCUGCUGCUUUUACUAAACUUGCUUUUCUUGUUUCAAUUGAGCAUUGUAAUAACUAGUCUGUUUAUUGGGCAAUAUUGAUUCAAAUGAAAGAGCAUGUAACUGUUCAACUGAUCACUGUGAUUAGUUGAAACUGAACCAAGAUGACAAAUUAUCACUCUUUAGGACCGGUCAGUUGCCAUAAUUCCAUGGAUACAAUGUCAUUUCUGACCGUUUGCACUUGGUGAGCCCAGCCAGUUUGGCUUUGCCAAGACAGCAAUGAUUUUUGAGCCUUGUGUUUUGAGAUGUUGGAUGUUCUUAGUUGUGUAGGCAACACUUCCUGCUCUCUGUCAUAUGGUGCUCAAGCAUAGUGACACUAGGUUGUAUGUCAGAGUCCACACGCUGUCUAAUUCUAGCAGGGGAAUAUCUUGCUCUGGUGAAGUGGAGGUGAAGGACAGGCCCAAUGGACACAGUCAUCCUUCAUAAGGAGACCUGUCUCAGCUGACUGCAUCAGUGUUACUGAUGGAAUCUUUAUAUAGAGUUGGGAGGGUUACAAGUGUAGUACUUUUAACACAGAAGUGUAAGAAAUGUAGAUAAAAAAAAAUUGUGUUUAGGAUCAAUGGAUGCCAGAAUUUACCAGCCCAGGGAUAGGGAAAUGUUCAGAGGGCUCUCAGAAUACAGUUUAGGGCUGCUGCUGUCAACGAUAAAUGAUUGGUAAGGUAGAGGUGCAGAGUAUUACCAUGGCUUUUGACCAUAUCCAAUCGUUAUUGCUAAUGGCACAAACAGUGUCCACACAGAGACACAAUGAGGAUUAGGAUCUGAAUGUCUCCAAUCAGCAAUUGAGAAGGCCAGAAAUGAAGACCAAUCCUUCAGAAUCUUUCGCAAAUGGUUGAAGAACAGAAAUUCCCAGAUCAAAGUGUGCAAGAGAAUUUGAAUAAAGGCAAAAUUUGGAAGGGGAGACGUUGGUAGUAAUCAUGCAGACAACAAAUUCCUGGAUAUGCAUAGAGACAAGCCCCAAUGCAGGAUGGAUGGGAACUAAAGCCAGCCUCCAGUUCAUUUGUUCCGCUACAUUAUUACUGGGGUUCCUGUGUGGUUAACUAUGGACUCUUUUUCACCACCCCAUUCCAUCUCCCAUAGCAUGUCUAUUAGUAAUGUUGUACAUUGACAGGAAAAUAUGUCAUGAAAUACCAUUUGUUUAUUGCGGUUCAAUUUCUAUUCUAGCUGCUGAUGUGCCCACCAUGAAUGUGCUAAGUAUAUGGGCAAGGUGACAUUAGUUCAGUACUAGUACAAUCUUGUGUGUUCCUGUAAUUGGUUGGCAUAUUCCUUAUUCCUACAGGGAAGUCAGCAUUAUGAACUACACUGAGUUAUCAACAGUUUGAUAAUGACUUUUAUCAUUCAGGGAAUAAGAAAUAGACAUGGUACAAUAUUGUACAGAGUUCUCAAGUGAAACGUCUGGAAACACAUAACUAGCACUGAUUUUAUUCGAUGAGUCAUCUUAUCUGUGAGUGGAGACCAGAACUGCUGGUCUUGUCCUGGGUAAUGGAGAGCAUGUGUUGAGUUAUACUGAAUCUGGCUAAUGUCAAAACAGCUCUAUGUUUGAUCCAUGGGUCAAGUCUGUUAUUCUGUCCUUUCACUUCUGGGAGUUGGCUUCAGAUUUAAUCUGAAUUGAUGCAUUGUAAAGGUGUAAUGUUACAACAGACUUUGGGUAAUAUGACUGAAUGCAGAAAACUAUUUGUAAACUGGUACACAUUCAUAUUGUCACAGGAUUAUGCCUGCUGUGGAAAUGUGAUGUACCUGAGCACCGCCUCCAUUGUGGCUAUCUGAGAGAGACUUGCAAGUGUUUUGUUUCCUAGCUUGCAAUUUUUAAACAUGUUCCAACAAACAUUCUGCAAAAUAAUCGAUCCCAGAAUCAGAUAUAUCCUUUUAAUGCAGCCGUUGCUAAUAUACAUAGUUCUCUUACGAAUAUUUAAUUUUUUUGCUGUAUAUUGUGUGUGUAACAGAACAUCCAACACUCUGGGCUAGAUAAGCAUAUUCUGGUACAAAUAUCCUAUUCCUGGCUUGGGGGAGGGAAAUUGCCCAUCAAUUGAUACACUUCAACCUUGUGUAAGGCACUUUGUGUGAUUUUAACUUCCCUUCAAAUUUCUUCAAUGAUUAUCAGCAAAUAGUGUUAAACAGUGACAGAAUUGACUCACCAGUGCUUAUACCCAUGUUAUAAUAUCAUACCUGCAUGCACCAGUACUGAACCCAGUGUUACAUAAUGUCAGAACUGCACUAUCACAACUGUACCUGGUGUUAUACAGUGAAAGAUGUGCAUGCACCGGUACUGUUCCCUAAGAUCAGUGAUUUUAACCACAUUUGUUAAGAUGCUCUAAUUUUACUGCUAGCUGUUUUCAAAGUUUGUAUAGUGGUCAACACUUCAUGGCACCAUAACCACAUAGAAAUGCUAGUGAAGAACAAUACACACACUUGACAGUUUAUGGCAGUGAGUUUGCAAAGUGAAUUGUGCACACGGAAGAAGUGUCAUAUACUUGUACCUGAUCCUGCCCACUUGUCUUGAGUUCAGAUGUAGACAGUACUGGGUGCCCAGGACAUUUGACUGUUCUGUGGUUUGUUCUAAAAUGGUAUAUUGGUUCCUGGAGUCCAUUUCUGUUGUUGAAAUUUAAUUUCCUUAGGUUUAUUUUCUGCCUUAUGCUGCGAAAUGCAAAGAAAUGAUGAAGUGAGUGAUUGGACACUGUCACCUGAACUAUUGGACUGUGCAAAAGAGUAUUCAGCACCUGGACCAUUUGAUUGUUUACUUUUUGGAAUUGGUAUAUAUCAUAAGCCUUGCAGACAUUUCAUGUAUAUAUUAAAAAUCAAUGUUAAAUGGAAAGGCCUGUGUACUUAUCCCUUGAUUCUCAAUGCAUUUGGUAGAUAGAAAUUAACUGUGAAUAAUAAAAUGCUGUGUAUUCUUCAUGAA